AGUUCAAGACUUGGCCAGCGCCGGGUCUCGCGGUGGACCCUAGGCUUGCUUUAUCAGACACACCAGGAAGCCAGUUAGAAGCCGUCUGCAUGCCUGCUUGCUGGCUGGGAGCGCACGAAGCUGUGGAGGAGGACAACUGAGGAGCGUGGAGCGUUCCCGAACCCCAAAGAGAAUCCCAAUGUAAGACCUGAGUGUUUGAGACCAAACCAUCCCUGGGCAGUCUGAUGAGAGGAAGCCGCCUGCCUAGUCCCGUGGGUACCAGUGAGCAAUGGAAAAUCCUAGUGUGUGAUACCCUGAUGAGACCUGGUGUGUGGAAGGGAAGUGAAUUGAGAGAAACUAGGCGCGGAUAAGACAGAUGGAUUAAUGGGGAGGCACCAAAGUGCUGGGUAGCCUAAUGAAGCUUUCUCGGGCUCUACUUGGUUGAUCGUGGAACCCAGAAGAGAACUACUCAACUCAAGUUUUAAGCCAUGGCCCAAAGACUGAUGACGUUCAGAGACGUGGCCGUAGACUUCUCUCCAGAGGAGUGGGAGUGUCUGAGCCUGGACCAGAGGAGUUUAUACAGAGAUGUGAUGCUGGAGAGCUACAGCCACCUCGUCUCAGUGGGACUUUUUGUUUAUCGGCCACAUCUGUUCUCCUUGUUGGAAAAAGGACAAGACCCCUGGAUGAUUUUGAGGGAUGAGACAAGGGGACCUUAUCCAGACAUAGAUUUCAGUUCUCAGAACAAGAAGUUCCUGGGAAAACCUAGCACAUAUGAAGAAUUAUCUCAAAGGGAAAUGAAGGAAUAUUUUAGAAAACGCAGUCUUGAAGAUUUCUGUUUUGGAGAUGGCUGGGAUGGCAAAAAUCAGUUUCAAACGCAUCAAAAUCAGGAAUAUUUUAAGCAACUGGCAGUCGCCUAUGAAAAAGUGCUCACUGUGAACCAGGGUAUAGUUUUCAACAACCACCAGAGACUGAAUGCAGGAGAGAAAGCAACUGAAAUUCAGUGUGAAAAAGCCCUUACUGUGGAAUCUGACCGUAUUCUUCCUCAGCUAACUCCCCCUGGUAACAAAGUCCACAAAGACAAGGAGUGUGGGGACACCUCUGCUCCUGAAUCGGAGCGCACACACUGUCAGAGAGCUCACUGUCCCCAGACCCCUCAGCAGGGGAAGGAAUCUGGAGGGCCGUUUGGUUUGCCUUCAGGAAUACUGGGCCUUCCGCAAGGUCACACUGGUGAGAAGUCCUAUGACUGUAAGGAGUGCGGAAAGUCCUUUACUUUGAAGUCAAACUUGACGCGACAUCGCAGAAUUCACACCGGUGAGAGGCCGUACACGUGUCAUGGAUGUGGAAAGGCGUUUACACAGAAAUCCCAUCUCAUGUCACAUCAGAAAAUUCACACUGGAAAAAAAGCUUAUGUCUGUGGGGUCUGUGGAAAAGCUUUUCACUGUGACUCAAGCCUGACCAGUCAUCAGAAUAUUCAUUACCAUGCAGCUGAUGCUGGCAAGAAAGCAUAUGAAUGUAAAAAGUGUGGCAAAGAUUUCGAUUGUCACUCAGGUCUCAUUGAUCACCAGAAAGUCCACACUGGAGAGAAACCUUUUAAAUGUAAGCAUUGUGGAAGGCUUUUUAGGUUUCAUUCACAUCUUAGGGCGCACACACGGAUUCACUCUGGCGUGAAGUCCUAUGACUGUAAGGAAUGUGGAAAAUCCUUUAAUUUGAGGUCAAACUUGAUGCGACAUCACAGAGUUCACACAGGUGAGAGGCCGUACACGUGUCAUGGAUGUGGAAAGGCGUUUUCACAGAAAUCCCAUCUCACGUCACAUCAGAAAAUUCACACCGGAGAAAAAGCUUAUGUCUGUGGAGUCUGUGGAAAAGCUUUUAGUCGCGGCUCAAGCCUGACCAGUCAUCAGAAUAUUCAUUACUAUGUGGUUAAUGCUGGCAAGAAAGUGUAUGAGUGUAAAGAAUGUGGCAAGGCUUUUGGUUGUCAUUCAAAUCUUAGUCGCCAUCAGAAAAUCCAUGCUGGAGAGAAACCGUUUAAAUGUAGGGACUGUGAAAAGGCCUUUGGUCAAAGAGCACAUCUUACCAAACAUCAGAGAAUUCACACUGGUGAAGAAGGCCCUGAUGAAUGUCAGAGCGUGGAAAAGUUUUUCCUUGAAGACCACAACUAUGUCGACAUCAGAAAAUCCAUACUGGUGUGAAAUGAUGGAAUGUAUGAGGAAUGUAGAAUGUGGCUCUUAUUCGUGGUUUUUAUUGUACCCACACUGGAAUAUUCACAUUAGUGGCAAGCCCUGAGUCCCAGGGAUGUGGGAAAGUCUACAUCUGGAGUGCAGGCUUAAUUGUCACCAGAGCAUUCAUACUGAGGAAAGAAAAUAGUCCAAGGAAUAUGGAAAGACUAUUCAUGGUUUAAAGCUUAAAUCAUCAUCAGAAAAUAUGUACUGUGGAGGAGGCUUAGCAACCAGGCAUCUCCACCAUCAACCUCAGGGACCCAGGGAUCACAGGAUACAUCAUCACCAGCUGCCAGGAUGCAACGCACUCUCACCACAUCCUUUGCAAGCACGUGUACAGCAUGCUCUUAUAAAAAGCCAGUGCCUCCUUAUAGAGAGAAUCCAUUGUGUACUGUGUGGGGUCAUCACCCAUCAAUAAAUAGCUGAAGGCCUAUUAGCUGAAAUAGAAGGAAAUUAGCAAGAGAUAGAAAGUGGAACAUCUGGUAGCAAAAGAUUUGAACUUUGGGAGUUAGACAGAGGCAGGAGAUUCCCUGAACUCUGGAGGAGACAGAAGCGUGAAACCGAGGAUAGGCAACUAACAACAGUUUAACAGUUAAGUAAGUGACAAGCUAGUCAAGGAGCAACCCCAAGCUUAUCAAGCAGCCAUUUAUUCAUAAGAAAUUAAGUCUCGGAGUCAUUGUUCUAGAAACAAAGAGGCCAGGUAGAAAAGCUCGAGGCGAGGCUGCACCUCCUCUCCCUGUUCUUUUCCCCUCCACCCUUGCCCAGAGGCAGCCUCUGUAUGCUCCCUCCUCAAUAAACCUCCCAGUGAGACCUGU